CACUUCCAAAAAAGGGCUAUCGGCAAUUCCCGUACUUACAUGAAUCAUUGAUCGAUGAUGGCACAUGAUCAGUUGGAGGUCCACUACUAGUAGACUAGUGCUAGUCCAGCGCUAGGUUUUACUGCUCUCUCCACACGAUGACGACAACUUUUGCAUUGUGGCUGAUCCAGGAGACACCAGGCGCCUUUCGACACGCGCUUCAGACUUGACGCGUCAGUUUGCUCCCGGCUCAUCUGUUCCGUCUGUUGAAGCAAUAAUGACAAGCACCAAACACCUCGACCUUCGCGAAAUAGACGCUUGCUUGUUCGACGUAUUCGGGACCGUCCUUAACUGGCACAGUACAGUCACCCGCCAGGUAGCAUGUCUUAGCAAGGGGCUACUUAUUGAAGGCUCACAGAAUGCAAUCGAUUUUGCAGAAGAAUGGAGAGCCGGAUAUUUUGCUCAUGUCAAAAAAGUAGCCCGUGGCGGGGAGGGUACUUUUAACGCCGACAUCAUGCAUCGAGAGAUACUGGACGAUAUGCUCGCCACCCCACGCUGGUCCUAUCUUGCAGAAAUAUGGGGGGAAUCUAAUCGUGAAGAGCUAACAAUGAUUUGGCACAACUUGGACGCGUUUCAGGACACUAUCCCCGGCCUGACAGAACUCAAACGCCACGUUUACAUCCUCGCUCUAUCAAACGGAAACUUCAAAUUACUUCUCGAUCUGGCAAAGAACCAAAGCAUUCCCUGGGAUGGUAUCUUCUCGUCUGAAAUGUUCGGAUCGUACAAGCCCAACAAGCAGGUCUACCAAUCCGCGGCAUACCACCUUUCUUUACCUCCUCACAAGAUAGCAAUGGUUGCUGCACACAAGUUCGAUCUCCUCGCUGCCGCCAGCGUCGGUUUCAAGACGAUAUACGUACCACGACCUGCUGAAGAUUCGCGUGAAGUAAGGGAGAGUAUGCGUAGCAGGAAGGACGGCGGUGAGGUGGAUCUUGUGGUUAAAGAUUUUCACGAGCUGGCGAGGUUGAUGGGCGAAGCUCGACAAAGUUGAAGCCCGCGAU